AUGAUUACCAUUUUGGUACUAUUUUUCAAAGAUAUCAAUCAAAGUUGCUAUUCAAGUGAUGGUAAAAAACUCACAAAAGUCACAGAUCCAUCACCAUACCUCAAAAUAUCAGCUAAAUGUGAAGUAAUACUAGAUGAAUGCUUUCGUGAAUUAAAUACAUUAAUUUCAUUUUCAUUUGAAAUUGAUCCUAACAUAACAACAAUUGGAACUAGAAGUUUUUGGGGAUGCAAAAAUCUUUCAAUUAUUAAUUUAUCAUCUUGUACCAAGCUUAAAACAAUAUCCUAUGCAGCUUUUGGAAGUUGCGAAAAAGUUUCCGAGAUACUUUUUCCUAGAGGACUUCUUGAAAUACAGAAAAUUGCCUUCUUUAGUAAUAAAUUAGUAACAAUUGUUAAAAUUCCCGCAUCUGUUAAAUUUAUUGAUAGAGAGGCAUUUUAUUUCUGCGAAAAACUUGAAAAUGCAAUAUUUGAAGAAGGUUCAAAUGUAAAAUCCCUUGAGAAUAAUGUAUUUGCUUACACAAAUAUUACUUCGUUUCAAAUUCCGGAAAAUGUUUCAAAAGUUGAUGGAUGGAUAUUUUCCAAUGCUAAAUUAAAAAAUCUUACAAGCAUUUUAUGGUUGAAAAUAAUACUUUGUUUUCAGCAAAUAAAAGUGUUUUUUUUCUUUAUUUGUAAUCGUUCAUUCGAAACAUAUGUAAUUCCAGAUUUCGUCACAAUCUUAGGAGAUCAUUUAUUCUAUGAUUCUAUUAUCAAAACAAUAGUAUUACCAAAUUCUAUAACAACAAUUGGAUAUCGAUGUUUUUGCUUUACACAUCUUAUCACUAUUCAAAUUCCUCAGAAUGUGAAAUAUAUUGAUGAGCAAGCUUUCUUUUUAUGUUCUGAAUUGAUAAAUGCUACAUUCUUAGGAGCCCCAGAUUAUUUAGGUGAUAAAGUGUUUGAUAAUUGCAAAAAAUUAGAGAUUAUCAACUUUCCUAAUUCACCAAUGAAUAUAAAUGGUAAUAAUUUCAUUACAAAUAAUACACCUAAAACAAAAAUGUAUUUCACCAAUAAAACCUUGUUCCGUGAUAAUUCUAUUAAUAGGAUUACAAAUGUUUCAGUUUCGUAUAUCAAUGAUUCAGAUCUUAUUAUUACUCCUAGAUUAUUUGUAAUGAAUGCAAAUCAAACAAUUAUUUAUGAAUUCUGGGGCUAUAAUUACUUUUAUUAUAGCACUAUCCCUAAAUCAGUAUCAUGCAUCAAAGAAAGAGCUUUUCAAAAUUCGAUAAUUCCUCAAAUAAAUCUUGAAAAAGAUUCAAAGCUUUCUGUGAUUGAAAAUUUCGCUUUCCUGAAUUGUUCGAAAUUAGUUUCAUUUAAUUUUUCAUCUACUUACUUGAAUACCAUUGGCGUUGAAUCAUUUAAAGAUUGCAUUAAAUUAACUUCUGUGAGUUUCGCUUCUAGUGAUUUAGUAAUCAUGGAUACUGCAUUUGAAAAUUGCAUUAGUUUGGUAAGUGUAGCUAAUGUUAUUAAUAUUCCUAAUAGAUGUUUUAGAGGGUGUGUUAAUUUGACUAAUAUCGGUAUUCAAGGAUAUUCAAAGAUGAUUGGAUAUAAAUCAUUUGAGAAUUGCUAUUCAAUAGAGAGUAUUAGUAUUCCAUCAUCUGUUCAAUAUAUAUCAGAAUAUUCAUUUUUAAAUUGCAGAAAUCUUAAAUCAAUGAUUUUUCCCGAGAGAAAUCAUUUAGUAAACAUAUCAAUAAAUUCAUUUUCAGGAUGUAAUUUGCUUCAAAACAUAUCUAAUUUUGAAUCAGAUAAAUACAAAUGCAUUGAUAAUACGAUAUAUACAAAGAAUGAAACAGGGGAAUAUCUCAUUUUUCAUCUUAAUAGAUCAUUAGAUAAAACUCUUUUCAUCAACUGUAGUGUUAUUUGCACUUAUUCUUUCAAUGAAUGUAACAACAUUUAUAACAUCACUAUUCUUCCAAACAGUGUUUCAUUGAUUGAAAAAUAUUCAUUCAAUAAUUGUUUGAAUCUUCAACACAUCAAUUUCCCUCUUUCAGUUGAAACUGUUGAAUCUAAUUCAUUUUUUGAAUGUCGUUCUAUUCGAUGUCCUCUUAUUAUUGAGAACAAGAAACUUCACUAUAUUAGAAUGAUUAACGAAUCGGGAAUCCCCCUUACACUUAUUAUUUCGUGUCGAGUUAUUCAUGGUUCAAAAAAACCUGGUAUAUUUAAAAAGUUUUAUAAUUCAUCUACCAAAUUUAUCUUUGGUCAAUUAUCUAAAUAA